CGGCUCCAAUCGGGAGUGUAAAAAGUCCAAAAACAUAAUGAAUAGUGUGGCAUGCCCAGCCUGCUGCUCCAUCAUACGCACUAAGCACAGGAGUGUGAGCCGCAGGAGAGCCCAAGUCAGAGCAAUGAGAGCCAUUGUUCAGCGAGUCUCGUCUGCCAGCGUCGAGGUGGAGGGGCGCAUUGUAUCGGAGAUAGGGCCGGGUCUGUUGGUCCUCGUCGGCGUUCACGAAUCCGACACAGACUCCGAUGCAGACUACAUAUGUCGGAAGGUGUUGAACAUGAGGUUGUUCCCAAAUGAGACUACUGGCAGAGCAUGGGACCAAAGCGUUGUGCAGAAGAAUUACGGAGUUCUACUAGUGAGUCAGUUUACAUUGUAUGGAAUUUUGAAGGGUAACAAGCCAGAUUUUCAUGUGGCAAUGCCGCCCCAAAAAGCAAAGCCCUUUUAUGCUUCGUUCAUUGAUAGAUUCCGGACAUCAUACAAUCCAGAUGCAAUUAAAGAUGGCGUAUUCGGAGCAAUGAUGAAGGUCAAUUUGGUUAAUGAUGGUCCAGUCACAAUGCAGCUUGACUCAUCCCAACCAUCCAAGAAUGCCAAAGAUGGAAUGGAAGAACCAUGAAUGUGUUUGUUAGACAAAAUUGUUUGAGGUUCAUCUCAUGGUCUGUACACCUUAUAUGAACCACAGGAUCUAUGUAGCCAGUCCAGAUAUCAAGACGAUUUUCUAAUUUAAGAUGAGGCUUCUUUUUCUUAUGUUGAAA